AUGGGAGGCGGUUUCAGUCACUUUUUGGUGUAUGCUUCCUCUGCACUAGCGGAGCAGAGCACCCCUGCGUUCCUACAGAUAGAUGACCGACGUGCCAUCGCCUCAUCAGUGAGCUUUGACGAUUUCGAUUUAGAUCUUGGCGAACUGGGAGGGACGUUGAGCUGGGUCCCUGCUUUCGACGUACACUUGAUCACCAUGUUCAAUGUCUACUUAGCCACAGAUGCCUUCGGCGCAGACAGGGAGAUGAAGCUGUCCAGCAGCAGCAGCAGUGUUGCCAUUGUGCCUGACACUCCGCUGCGGAGCUUCACUCAUUUGCUGAUCUACGCAGCUUCCUCCCUGGUCGAGCAGUCUACCCCGGGCGCGUUGCUCUUGGCAGACACAAGUGCCACAGCAGAGAAUUUGUCGCUGCCGGACUUUGACCUUGAUGAGAAGGAUUUGGGCGGUACAUUAGCGUGGGACGAGCCCUUGGACACUACAAAGGCUAUGGGGGGCCUUGUGGUCAGCACCCACGUGGCCAUCUAUACGCUGUCGACCCUGGUGGAGCAGACGACCCCUGCCAUGUUGGAGAUUGUCAAUGCCAUUGCUUCGGUUUCUGGGACCAGCUUCGUGGACAAGGUGGACAACGUGAGUUUCCCUGAUGAAGACUUGGACCGUGGGGAUUUAGGUGGCAUCUUGGAGUGGUCGCCUCCACUAGAUAUCUCUCAGGCCAAAGCCACACGGAGUGACAGAACCGUUUGUGUAGCUGCGUAG